AUGACCCCGUCCUUCCUGAAUUUUAAGGAACUGCGAAGGCGGUCGAGAGCAAGCUUCAGGACAGAGCGAUCGACCGAUACAGCGAGCGAUGCAAGUCAAGGCAACACACCUACUAGCGGUUCUCUAACUCCUCCUUCGAUCGGCCAGCAGUCAGAUCCAGCCCUCAACUUGCUGUUAAAAGACCAAUUGCUGUCCCCAAAUUCCAUACCGCUCUCGCGACCGCCCCCUCAGCCUUAUCCAAACGCCGCCACCAAUCGGUACAGCGUGUCAGGCAUGGCGGGCCUCGGGUCGCCAGUACCAGCAGCGCAAGGGGGGAGGGUGCCGAGUCUACCUAUAUCUCAGUACUCUCCUCGAGUGACCAAUUUGUCGGAGAAUUCAUGGGUAUACCAAAAGGUGCUGCUCGUGUCUGGAACAGUUGGCGACCCGUCUCAGCAGUCACUUGACGGAACCCUCACCGUCAGUCGGCUCGACGAUAGCUUCCCCCCUACAUCAUGGCCAGUGUGCGACUCUCACUUCAAAGCUUUGGUGUAUAUGAUGCCCGGCGCCAACCGCCUACGAUUUGACUUUGCGAGCCCCAAACUUGCCAACAGCGGCUCGUCCAACCCUAUCCACGCCUCCUACCUAACAGUUCACAUGCUUCCGCCUAUAAAUGCGCCCCCGCUACAGUUGGCGAUUCUACUGGCCAAGGACUCGCCCGGCACGUUCAACGCAGUCCCGGCACGCAUUGAGCGAGAAGGCAACGGAUUAGACACGGCGAUUCGCAAGUUUCGAAUGGCUGCAUAUCUGUGGCAAGCCUUCACCGCCGAGCAGAUGUGGCGCAACAAGCUUGGACGCCGUGUCUUCAGGUUUGACGAAGAGUGGACCGCUGGUACGGCGAACUUGAGAGAUAGAGAAAGUGGCACUUUGCGAUCCGAGGCCCGUAUACACAUCAUCCGCACAGAGAAGACUCUGGCCGAGCUCCGGGACCUUAACCGAGCACAGCAGAACCCUAGCGCGACGGAUAAGGGAGCUUUAUUUGAUAUCGCCGCAGACGCGGUAAAGGCACACUUCAGGCCGCUUCCUGGACAGAAACAGUACGUGUCGGUACUGCUGCUAGAUUCGCACUGGGACAAAGUGUCAAAGGUGAUCACAUCACAUGCGGCAUUAGGUGGUGGAGUUGGUGACCUCCAGCUUGGCAUUUUCGGAUCGCACUGUCUUCAAAGUUACCCAUCGUGCUUUGAGGACGUAGUACCCGCCUUCAGUGACUGUACACCGACCGAUACAAACUUUGUCAGCAACGAUUGCAACGACGCUGGAAGUUCUUGGGAAGCAGCCAACAUCGGUAUCGGUGCUCACCUACAUGAGACAGGGCACCUCUUUGGGCUGCCACAUCAGGAGAGCGGGGUGAUGUUGAGAGACUACGUCACGCUAAACCGAAGCUUUCUCGCACGGGAAGCCUACUCAACCCGGACACGGUCUAAAGGCGGCCCGGUCUUCCAAGAGGACGAGUGCAGCUGGCACCGUCUAGACUGCCUACGGUUCCGAAGCCACCCCUGCUUUCGACUCCCGAAUGAUCCGCCAAUGAGCGUCGACGAUAGUGUCCAAGCAUGGCCAGUAGAAAAUGGCAAUGUGAUGGUAACAUCCGCUACAGGCAUCUUGUUUCUAGAAAUAUUCGGCGAAGGCGACGAUGUCUGUCACAACUGGAUUGAGUAUCCUGUCGAGAAUGGGUCAACCCAACGCCUUGUCACGCUGAGUGAACAAGACCUUCGAAACCGACUGCCGGAAGACAAGCGGAAGGGGAAGCUGAAGAUCUGCAUCAAAUCGAAUGCCGGUGGCGGGUUGGAUAUUGUCGACUUUGGAAAAUUGUGCUCCAAAGAUUCCUACUUUAGACUUCCCGGGGCCGUCCCCGGCCUUGGGAAAAUGGCGUAUCGGGGUAAGAAACUUGGACUGUCGCAAACAGGUGAUAGCAAGCCCCAGGAGCUUGUUUUCACGAGCGCCUUGCGGCAAGGCCGCGUUUUAUCCCGGGUUGUGUUCUAUCAUGGACUGGCUCUGGACGGCAUUGAGUUUGUUUACGAUGACGAAUCGCGGCAGCUGUUUGGCAAGCGCAGCGGGAAGGAGGGUGGCGACACAUUUGAUAUGGAUAUACGUCGCGGCGAAUACAUCACUGGGUUUUUUGUCCGGGCCGGUUUCUGGAUUGACGCCAUCCAGGUCUUGACAAGCAUGGGCAGGAGAUCACCUAUCUUUGGCAAUGCAUAUGGCGGCUCUGCCCAUACCCUAAUACCGCCAAGAGGCUACAAUAUCUGCGGCGUGACGGGGUCCUGCGGUUCUUGGGUUGAUGGCUUCUCGGUUAUUAUUAGUCGAUAA